UAAUGCCCCACCAGGCUCCUCUCUCUCCUAUAUAUACAUAUAUACACGCACAUAUAUAUAUAAUUAUAUACAUGGAUCUGAUAUUUCAUUCAAUCUGAUCUUCUCAGGUACACAGGGUGGCCCCCUAAUCCCAUCAAGGAUUGUCCACAAAUCAUUCAAGAAGUCAAACGGUUUCUGGGAUCGUUCAUUAUAAAAUGAACCAAGAAAAUUAUUACACGGCUUCCUUGCCACCGACUUUGGAGUAUUCCCUUGACCAUAUGAAUAAUAAGUCAACGGGAAAUACUUUUGUUGGUCAACCUUCCUCUUCAUGUUGUGAUGAAGUCAAUCCCAUGGUCAACCCACAUCUUACACCGUCGGGAUUUUUCAGCACUGGGUCAACGUCAUUCGACAAGCUGAACUUCACUGACGUCAUGCAGUUCGCCGAUUUCGGACCCAAACUAACCCUAAACGAGACCGGGGCAACUGAGGACGAGAGCGGGCUGGACCCGGUCUACUUCCUCAAGUUCCCGGUCUUGAAUGAGACGGUUCAAGCAGACGAAGACCGGUCCGAAGGCAUUAUUAUAUUGAGCGACGGAGAAAAGGAUUGCGCCGCCACCGUUCAGGUGAGGUUUCCAGGAGACAGCCUUGAAAAGUACGAGGUUCCGCCGCAUGCGGUGGCGGCAGGUGGUAGCCUAGAAGGGACUAGUGCCAAUAAUAAUAUUACCAAUAAUAAGAAUAAGAAUAUAAAGGGUAAGAGGAAGAGGGUAAGAAUCAAGAGUAGCCAGGAAGUAGAAAGCCAAAGAAUGACACACAUAGCCGUGGAAAGAAAUCGUAGGAAGCAAAUGAAUGAACAUCUUCGUGUCUUGAGGUCUCUCAUGCCCAGCACAUACGUCCAAAGGGGAGAUCAAGCUUCAAUAAUAGGGGGAGCAAUAGAUUUCGUGAGAGAACUAGAGCAACUAUUGGAAUGCCUCGAGUCACAAAAGAGAAGGAGGCUCUACGGUGACGCGGGUUCGGCACCGGUGAUCGGAGACUCGUCGACGACAUCACAGCCACCACUAUUUCCCGUUCCGGCGAACGAGUACGAGGUGGCCGGAAUAUGCGAGGACACGGCGGGGAGCAAGUCGUGUUUGGCAGAUGUGGAAGUGAAGCUUCUUGGGUCUGAUGGAAUCAUAAAGAUAUUGUGUAGGAGAAGGCCUGGCCAGCUGAUUAAAGUUAUUGCUGCACUUGAAGAUUUGCACCUCAAUAUUCUUCUCACCAAUAUUACCACAAUUGAGCAAACCGUACUCUAUUCCUUCAAUGUUAAGAUUUCAAAUGAUGAAACAAUGUACACAGCGGAAGAUUUAGCGAAUUCAGUCCAGCAAAUCUUCAGUUUCAUUAACGCAAACAGCAUAUGAUAGGAUUAAAUUAUUGUUACUGUUAUAAACAUAGAAAUAUAUAAUAAUUAAGCAUGCAUAAAAUAUUAAAUAUGUAUCCCUUACUCGCACACACAUGACACACCUACAUAUAGCUUUAAUUUACUUUUGUUUUAGUAUCGUUAUUAUGUAAUUUAAUUUAAUUGGUCAAAACACUCGUCUUGUAAUAUUUUAAUUAUUUUAUACAGUAUACAUGUAAGUCAUACGUAGUAAUUAUUAUGGAGACGCGC